AAUGACCAGAUUUUCUAAAAAUAAGUUGUUUUAUCUUUAAGUCUUUAUUGUAGGAAUGUUUAUUUGUAGUUCUUAUUAUAAUUUGUAUAUAAAUAUAUGUAUAUACGUGUUGUUAGACAUUUGACAAAUGAAAGUUAAUGCAAGAAUAACACAAUUUUCGCAACCCAUUUAUAAUUACCCAAAAAAAGUAAAAGCAAAAAAGAUAUUAAUAAUUCAAAAUUAAUAUUCACAACCCGUUUGAAAUUACUCGAAAAUAAUAAAAGCAAAAAAGAUAUGAAAAUUUUAAAAUCAAUCAUUUUUUCUUUAUCUAGCCGAAUUAUGAUAAUAGCAAAAUUUAUAAUUGCAAUAAUGCUAUUCUUAAUUGUUACCGAAAUAAAUGCGAAAGUAUUUGAACGUUGUGAACUUGUAAAACUUUUAUCAUACGAACAUAAUUUUGCAACGGAGGAUAUUGCAAUGUGGAUAUGUUUAGCUUUACAUUUUAAUAUUAAAACAAAAAAUUUCACUUUCAUUACCAAAAAUGGUUUGGAUAAUAAGUUAAAAAGCGCUUCUUUUGACAUAAGUGAUGAGUUUUGGUGUCCUCCAUCGCGUAGAAAUGGAAUAUGUGGUUUUGAUUGUAAAAAUUUAAAAGAUGGAGAUUGCGUUAAGUUUAUGUUGGGCAAGCAUAAUAUUUUAAAUAAGUAUAAAGAUAAUGCAUUAUUAAUCACAAAUAAAUCUUGCAAUACACAUUUAAAUUUAUUCUAUGAUUGUUUGUACGAAUUUAAUAAAACAAAAUCACGUAAUUCCGUUAGCCGUGUUGGCAAAAUUUAUGAUCGUUGUGAGCUGGCAUAUGAAUUGUUUUAUUUACAUAAAAUAAAUAUCGAUCACAUAAACACUUGGUUAUGCAUUGCCAAUUACGAAUCUCAUUUCAACACAUCGGCAUUGGGAAGAAUUAACAUUGACGGUAGUUUCGACCACGGGUUAUUUCAAAUCAACGACGAAUUUUGGUGUUCACCACCUGGAAAAGGCUUUGGUUGCAACUUACCAUGCGACAAAUUGCGUGACAGCGAUAUUAGCGACGAUGUUAAUUGCAUCAAGAUUAUUUAUAAUGAACACAAGAAACUUUUCGGAGAUGGUUUCAAGGCUUGGACCGUUUACGAAAGUUUAUGCAAAAAUAGGUCUGAGCAAUUUAGUAAAGAUUGUUUUGAUUUAACUCCAAAACCAAAUACUAAAGAAACAUAUACCACCGAACAUAAGAUAUCCGAAAGGUAUUAUAAUAAUAAUGCUAAUGUUUCUAAUAUUACAAGUCCAAGACGUUUAAGAGACAGUAUAAAAGGAAAAAUUUUUACUCCAUGUGAACUUGCAAACGAUCUGCGUACAAAGUAUGACAUACAAGAGGAUCAUAUAAGUGUUUGGGUCUGCAUAGCUAAAUAUGAAUCAAAUUUCAAUACAUCAGCCAUCAGUUACAGUUAUCACGGUAUGUUUCAAAUAAGUGACGAGUUUUGGUGUUCGCCGCCAGGAAACGGUUUGAUAUGUGGUGUAUCUUGUUAUGACUUAGAAGACGAGGACCUGUCUGAUGACGUAAAAUGUCUAAAAAUUAUAUAUGACCGACAUCAAAAAUUAACUGGCGACGGCUUCAAUGCAUGGAGUGUGUAUCCGGUAUAUUGCAGUAAUGGAAGAUCCAAGAAGUACAUAGAAAAUUGCGACAACAAAAAUAGUGGCGUCGUUAAAAAAUUUCAGAAAAACCCAUUUUUACAAAAGUUAUUGACACGCGAAAGUUCAAAACAUAUUCUCAAUAAAAAUGAGAACAACACACUUUUAAAUAAAUCUUUGAUUUUCAAUAAAAUGAUUACAACGGAGAGACCAUUCCCCUCUCUGUGGGUUAGCAAUUUAUCAGCAAAAACGUACACAACUACCCGUACCUUGCAGUAUAAAAAUAAUCCAUUUUUAAGUAAGUUUUUCCAAGUUCCUAAGAAUAUUUUCUCAACUAGAGAUUCUUCAGAUAGCGUAGACAAAGGAGCAUCAGAACAAAAAAUUUCUACAAGUAUUAGGACUAAUAUAGACAAUAGUUCCCGAAACCAAUAUAUGGGAAAAAAUAUAUCGCACUAUACGAUUAGUAUCAAAAACUUAAAUCCAAAUAAUAUAUUUCUAGCUAAGUAUAUUCAAACUGAAAAACCUACAAAUAAUGUUACUCAUAUUCAAAAAACCAAUGUUCACUCAAAAGAGGUAAGAAUUAACAAAAUCAUGUUCGACAGAACAACUUUAAAACCAACUCAAGAUAACAUAACCAAAAGUUACUCCAGUAACUUACAAUACAUUGAUUCAAAAUAUAUAAGGAAAUCAAUGCUUUUAGAGCACACAACUAUGUCAUCAAAUACUUUGAAAUCAACUUUUGGCAGUUUAAUACAUGCAUCGGGAAUAUUCAAAAUCAAUUAUACGCCAACAGAUGAAAAGCAAGAACUUUAUAUAACACCUUGUACUACUCCAUUAUUCCAUAUACAGAAAAAUUCGACAGCUUUACGUUAUGACAUAGGUAGUAUGAAAACUAUUCCAAAACCAACAAAAAUUACCCCUUUUGUUAAAAGUUCUACCAGAAAAUUUUUCCAAAAAACUUCACCCACGGCAAAAACCACAAAGUUAAAAAAGGGUAAUUUGAAUGUUAAAAUUUUCACCACAUCAAAAACUCAACACAAAAUUGAAAAUAUAUAUGAGCAAAUGAUCUCGACAACAUCAAACUCUUUUAAAAAUAGAAAUAAGAGUAAUAACAAGGAACAUCGUUUUCAAAAACAUAAUCCAACACCAACAUCAUUGACAAAAGCCAGUACAAAACGUGUAACUAUACAAAUUCCUAAAAUAAGAAGUACGACCGAAGCAUCAACCCCAAAAAAAACUAUAUUUAAAAAUGGAACUGAAAAUAAUAUUUCUAUUAAUAAACCAAACUUAAAUCAUAAAGUAACAACCGGUCUCGAAACUACCAACAAAACAGAACUAAGUAGCAGAUUUUUGGCUGCCAAGCAAAGUACCAUUACUAAAAUGAAUUCUUUCAUUAGCCCUUUUUCUAAGCAAACAACAAUACUCUCGAACAAAUUAAAUACCACAGCAAUCUCACAGUUACAUCAAAACCAUACAACCAUAGUUAUACCAAAAUUCAUAGGUACAAAUGAUAAGAAAACAGCAGAAACAAACACAAAAAAUUUGUAUAUUUCACAAAAAAUUCCAAAAACUACUCAAAAUAAUAUUGCAAAUAAAAUGAAGCUUACAUUUGGUUCACAAAAUUUAUUGAAGUCGAAGGUGUCAGAAAAAAUUUUAAAAUCACGAAUAGUUGCUACUUUGUCUCCGAAAGUGAAUCAUUUUACUUCGUUAGAAACAAAAACAAUAAAAAAACCGAAAACAAUUACGAAUCAUUCAAAACAAUUUAUGUUUGGCAAAAGUACAAUUCAACCGUUUUCAACAGCUGCAAGCUUUUAUUCAAAAAAUGAAAGUAAAAUUCCAUUACAUUCCACUAAAAAUGAUUCUGUAUCCAAAGUAUUCGAUUUUUACUUUAAAUUAUAUGGAAUAACAACCACAGCCGAAACUCCAAAAUUAGGAAAUGUAAAAUAGCUGUAUUUCUAUUCUUCAAUUUUAUGCUAAAAUUAGUUUUUAAACGAACUAAAUUCAAAUGUUACUUUUUCUUUAUUAAAUAAAUUUGCUAAUUGAA